GGCUGAUGACGUCAACAGCUUCCCAAGUAGGAGCAGACCUCGGCCAAUGCCGCACGCGUCAAGCACCAGGUAGGUGGGAGUGUGGGAGGACCCAUUGGAGAAGAACGUGGGUAUAGAAGUAGUGGCCUUGGGUGGCGUUAAGGGCCACGGGUCUCAGAGGGAAGAAGUGUGACGUGGGGAGGGGGCGGGGCGAGGGAGGGUUUGAGUUCGAUCAGCACUCGCUUGAUUAAUGGAUAACAUGUCAACUGAUGCCGAAAGGAGGGGGGAAGAUGGGAGUAAUGUGAGCUUCGUGGUCAACGGUGGACAAGCUGUAGUAGUAGGAACAGGAGAGGAAGGGGGAGGAAAAGGAGGAGGAGGAGGAGGAGGAGGAGGAGGCGGCGGACGGCGACGAGGAGGAGAUGGUAGACGGAGUGAUCCGAAUGGUCCGGAUCUGGAAUCCGGGAUGCGGAAUUCUAGUUUUGUGGUUGGGAUGGAUAGACGGGAGAAUGGCGGGGCUACACUGACACUGGCUGGAGGAGAUGUAGAUGAAGCUGGGUCGGAGGGCAGCGGCUGUGGCUGCCUAGAACAGAGGGAAGAUGGCUUCAGGAGAAUGGCCAAGCAGGAGGAGGACGACGACGACGACGGCGACAAAGAAACAACACGUCUGCUGCAGUUAGAUCGAACACCGAUAGGAACAGAACGAAAAGCAGUAGGAGGAGGAAUUCUUAAAGCAGGAGGAGGGGUGGCCGAGAACGGCAGAAGUCCCCUUUACAAGCCCCCUAAGUGGGGUCGAUCUGCCAUAGCCAUAGUUGAUGAGUUACUUUUAUUAAUCGACGAUCCGUCAAUCUGGUUUCAAAAACGCGGGCGCGAGGUUGUAGAACGACAUGCGCCCAUUCUGUCCGGACUGCUGUACUGCUCGUUGUCUUGUGGGAUGAUUCUGCUCAACAAGGCCGUGCUGUCGGGAUACCGAUUCCCCGGAACCUUUAGUCUCCUACUCUAUCAAAGCCUGGUCAGUGUUUUAGUCAUUCUGAUAGGUGAGAGCUGCGGCUGGUACGAGCUCGAGCCGCUGACGUGGCGUUUGUGCAAGGUCUGGUUGCCAGUCAACUGUCUGUUUGUCGGGAUGAUAGCGUCGGGACUGUACAGUCUCAAGUACUUGACGGUGCCGAUGGUCACCGUGCUCAAGAACCUGACGAAUGUCAUCACGGCAUCGGGCGAGACUGCGAUCUACGGAAAACGCCAUAGCCCAGGAGUGUGGUCGGCGCUAGGGUUGAUCAUACUCUCCUCGGUAGGAGGAGGGGUGACCGACUUCACCUUUACUCUGACAGGGUACACGUGGCAGAUGAUUAAUUGUGUAUUGACAGCCGGGUAUUGCUUGUACCUGCGGCACACGAUGGACACGGCCAAGGAGUUGACGAGCACAGGAAGACUUGGAGAAGUCACGAUGGUAAUGCUAAACAAUGUUUUGUCCCUUCCGAUCGGGGCGGCUUUGGUGGUGGCAGCGGGAGAAGUAGAGGUGCUCGCGUCGUUGCCGUUGACGAAGGAUGCAGGUUUCUGGAUGGCCGCCACGUUGACAGGGGUCCUUGGCGCGUGUCUCUGCUUCGCUGUUAUGUGGUUUUUGCACUGCACUAGCCCCACAACCUUUGGCUUAGUGGGCUCGCUCAACAAGAUCCCGACUUCGGUUAUCGGAGUGGCCCUGUUUCCCACCAAAAUGCCAAUCACCAACAUCUUCAGCAUAGCUCUUGGCCUCGCCGCCGGCGUUGUCUUCACCACAGCCAAACUGCAACAACAGAGACUGCCAGGCUCCAAGUAGCAUCGAGCAGCAUGGCUAUGUGUCUGUCUGUGCGCUGUCCCUAGCAGCAUUGGCUAUGUCUAUACUCCUUGCCUACCGUCGUCCCCCGAACACAACGCACCCUCAUUUUGACUGUAUCGGGCUGGAAACAUCCCUUGUAUACAUUCGUUUUCAGGGUGCAUUAUGUUCGCGGGACGACGGUAGCAGCACGACUGUUUCUAAUAAGCUGUACGCAUGGCAAUUGCUACAGUUCUGCUUUUUGUGGACAGGCAGUUUAGGUCUAUUGCAGGUACAGAGAGGGAUAGAGAGCUGCAAGAGGCAUAUGGAUGGGGUGUUUUUUUUUUUUGUAGAUUGUUGCUAUGUAACAAGGGAGGUUGCUCUACCGUCUUCACCCGACUAGAACACGCCCGGUCGUUAUCGCUGCGUCUGGACCGAACGUUGUGCCAACUACAGCUAUAAUGACCGGGCAUUCCAUUCGGGUGAAGACGGUAGGCAGCUAACCCUUCUUAUCUGUGAAGGUGUAUAUAAGAAAAACUGAUAUGCUGCUCAUAUUUUUCUCUGUCUAGAACCCCAUACCCCUAUAAUAAUAAACACAGGGAUUCAAACGCUUUCAAAGAACACACAAAAUAGUAGAAGAUCUAGCAUUCGUUCUGAGAGAUAGGAACUUAGCGGGAUGGAGGGAAUACUUGGCGUGGUGAGAGUAGUACCUGAAAUUGGAGAAAUGUAGCGAAUGAGAGAUCUUACCAGCCAUAAAAACUGGUGACGCAUAAAAAGUGCGAGUUACGUUCGUUGGGCGCCUUGGUUGAUAAUCGGUUGAGAACAGGCAGAGAGUUGGUCGAUAAUUCGUUGAGAAUUCGUUGAGAAUUGGUUGAGAAUUGGUUGAGAAUUGGUUGAGAAUUGGUUGAGAAUUGGUUGAAAUUUUGUUCCCAAUAGGUUGAGAGUUGAUUUGAGAAUGGAAAUAAAAAAAAGGGGAUGGGUUCCAGAAUCGCGUCAGAAUUUUGGCCGAGAAAAAAAGAAAACAAAAAAAACACAGUAUCAGGGGUGGUCCCCUCGGCGUACCAGCAGAAAAAGCUGCCUGCAUCUUUCUUUUCACCUGGUCAUCAUCGCUGGGAUGGGACUCAUGGGAGGCGAAAAAUACCGUCCUACGUAAGUCGUCGUGGUUACUUGCCGUCUGCAGGUGUUGGGCCCGGUGUUUCUGUCGGGGACGCCGUUGAUACUGGCGGUGCAAUUGAGAAGUUAAUUCCUUUUUUGCUGCACCGAGGGAUGUGCCUUCCGUUCAGCUACGACGCAUAGAAUAAGAGAAUGGCCAGUGGUUGGCUUCUGACGCGAUCGGUGUACCGAGGCAUGCCCUCAUGCAAAGGACGAGGAGGGAGGAGGGCACGUUUGGCUUGAUGAAGAUAUAUGGGAGACGGCUGUUGAAAUUUGAACGCCAUUCGUGACUUGCGAUUGUUCAUGUGGUCCCUUUGUGCUCGUCGACGCUCGUUCUUAUGUCUGGUAGUGACUGGUGAUGGUGAGCUUUGUGCUCGCUAUCGCUCAUGGAGCUGGUCUCCAUGCACUGAAUCGUUAGUAAAUGGGAUAUCUAGUU